AUGUCUUACUACAUCAAGGAAUCCACUGGUGUUGACGAGGCGUCUAUCGCUGGUUCCAAGGAACAGCCAUUCAAGACCCCAGCAUUUGCGCUUUUUGCUCACUACCAAGCCGCUGAUGCCGAUGCUGCGGAACCAAAACUGUUUGUUUCAAAGGUUGAUGAAAACGGUGUUGAAGAAUAUCUAGAAAUCAGUGCAUCUGCUCUGAAGAAGGCCAAGAAGGGCUGUGAAGGUUUGAAGAAGAAGGCUGUCAAGCAAAAAGAAUUGCAGGAAAAGCAAGAGCAACAACGUGUUGAUAACGCUUCGAAGCAAAUGGCUGCCUUGGACAUUUCCAUUGAAGAGGAUAAAUCGCUUGCACCAGCGAAGAAGUCCAAGAUCGACAGAUCAUACUCCAUGAUCGGCGAAAGAGUGAAGAUUUCUGGUUGGAUCCAUAGAUUCCGUUCCAACAAAAAGGUUGUUUUCGUUGUCCUAAGAGACGGUUCAGGGUUCAUUCAGUGUGUCUUGACUGGUGAUCUAGCUUUGGCCAAGCAAACCGUCGAACUUACUCUAGAAUCUACCGUGACUCUAUACGGUACCGUGACAAAGUUGCCUGAAGGUAAGAGUGCACCAGGUGGCGUUGAGCUGGUUGUCGAUUAUUACGAAGUUGUUGGUUUGGCACCAUCCGGUGAAGAGUCCUUUAGCAACAAGAUCACCGAGGAUGCAGACCCCUCGCUUCUGCUAGAUCAGAGACAUUUGGCCCUGAGAGGUGAAACCUUGUCAGGUGUUAUGAAGGUUCGUGCCGCUCUACUGCGCGCCAUUAGACGCGUUUACGUUGAGGAAGGUUUGACAGAAGUCACCCCCCCAUGUAUGGUCCAAACCCAAGUUGAAGGUGGAUCCACCUUGUUCAAGUUGGAUUACUACGGCGAAGAGGCUUUCUUGACCCAGAGUUCACAACUGUAUUUGGAAACCUGUCUACCAGCACUAGGUGAUGUUUACUGUGUGCAGGAAUCUUUCCGUGCGGAAAAAUCACACACCAGAAGACAUCUUUCUGAAUACACGCACAUUGAGGCUGAAUUGGCCUUUUUGACGUUUGAGGAACUAUUGGAACAUAUUGAAACGCUGUUGGUGAAAUCUGUCAAGUAUGUCUUGGAAGACCCAGUGGCAGGUCCAAUCGUCAAGCAGUUGAACCCUGACUUCGUCCCCCCACAGGCCCCAUUCAAGAGACUAGAGUACAAGGAUGCUAUAGAAUGGUUGAGAGAACACCAAAUCUUGAACGAAGAGGGUAAAGAAUUUGAGUUUGGUGACGAUAUCGCUGAAGCUGCCGAAAGAAAAAUGACCGAUACUAUCGGUGUUCCAAUCUUGUUGACGAAGUUCCCAGUCGAGAUUAAGUCUUUCUACAUGCCUCGUUGCAAGGACGACCCAAGAGUCACUGAAUCUGUCGAUGUUUUGAUGCCAACUGUCGGUGAAAUCACCGGUGGUUCCAUGAGAAUUAACAACAUCGAAGAGCUAAUGGCCGGCUUCAAGCGUGAGGGCAUCGAUCCAAAGCCUUACUAUUGGUUCAUUGACCAGAGAAAAUACGGUACCUGCCCACACGGUGGUUACGGUUUGGGUACAGAGCGUAUCUUGGCCUGGUUAUGUAACAGAUACACUGUCAGAGACUGUUCCUUGUAUCCUCGUUUCAGCGGUAGAUGCAAGCCAUAG